UCAAGAGAAAGAGAGCAAAGAGAGAAGAGGAUAUGGACAACAGCAAAAAAGUUUCAGCAACAAACCCAUCAGCGGGAGAUGAGUUCAAAGAUGUGAUUAAGGGAUUGAUUAAGCUCUUCAUGCUGGUGAUUGUCCUAGGAUUCAUCUUCAUUUGGAUCGUUAUGCCAACCAUGGUCUAUCGAACCGAGUGGCUAAACCCUGUCAUGCGUACCGAGUUUGGUACAUCGACUUUUUUUGGUGCAAUAGGCUUGACGUUUUUCAUGUUCAUGUUCCCUAUGGUCCUCUUGGCUUGUUUGGGAUGUCUCUACCUUCACUUGAAGAAACCAAAGACUACUAAUCCUCUCGUUAGAGAGAAGAUAACCGAGGGAGGCGUGUUAGCAGCCAUGAGAAGGCCGAUGCUGGUCAAAGGGCCACUGAGGAUAGUCUCAGCUACCGAGUUAAUCUUGUUUGCAAUGUUUGUGGCUCUUCUUCUUUGGGAAUUUUUCAUGUACAUGCGCAAUGCUUUCCCUACCAUUACUCCUCAAUCAGCCGCUAAACAUCACCAAAAACUAUGGCAAGCGAAGUUGGAGGCAAUGGCAAUAAGGAUAGGGCUAGUCGGUAAUUGUUGUCUAGCUUUCCUAUUCAUACCUGUGGUGCGUGGGUCAUCAUUGCUUCCGGUUAUAGGGCUGACGUCGGAGUCAAGCAUCAAGUACCAUAUUUGGCUUGGUCACAUGCUCAUGACCCUAUUCACCGCUCAUGGUCUCUGUUUCAUUGUCUAUUGGGCCUCAAUGAAUGAAAUUUCUCAGAUGGUGAGUUGGGGUAAGACCGAGAUGUCGAAUGUUGCCGGAGAGAUAACUUUGCUGUCUGGACUUGUGAUGUGGGCCACUACAUAUCCGUCGAUUAGAAGGAGAUUCUUUGAAGUGUUCUUCUAUACUCACUACCUUUACAUCGUCUUCAUGCUCUUCUACGUCCUCCACGUAGGCGUCGCCUUCUGCUUUAUCACCUUCCCUGGUUUCUAUAUCUUCAUGGUCGAUCGUUUCUUGAGGUUUCUACAGUCACGUGACAAUAUUCGAUUGAGCUCUGCACGUGUUCUUCCUGCCAAUACCGUUGAACUCACUUUCUUCAAAAACAAAGGAUUGGUUUAUAAUCCGACGAGCAUAUUGUUUGUGAACAUACCGAGCAUUUCGAAGAUGCAAUGGCACCCAUUUACGAUUACUUCUAGCAGUAACCUCGAAGCAGAUAAGCUAAGCGUUGUGAUUAAGAGCGAAGGGAAAUGGUCUACAAAGCUUUACCAGUUGCUUUCUUCUUCUGAUCACACCGAUAGUUCUCUUUCUGUUUCUGUGGAAGGACCCUAUGGACCUGUUUCAACAGAUUUCUUAAGAUACUACAUUUACCCGAUCGAUCAAAAUAAGAACAUGUACAAUGCCGCGUCAAGAUCAAUCCUUUAUCUUCUGGUCCUCUGUGUUAGCAUCAUGGUGACUUCAAGUGCAGCUGUAUUGUGGAAUAAGAAGAAGUACAAUGCUGAGAGCAGUAAACAGGUCCAAAACGUCGACGUACAGAGCCCAACAUUAUCUCCUAGCUCAUGGGCUAACAGAGAAAUUGAAAGUAGUCCUCAAGAGUCACUUGUUCAAUGCACCAACCUCCACUUCGGUGAAAGACCAGACCUCAAGAAGUAUCUACUUGGGACCAAAGGUUCAAGCGUAGGAGUGAUGGUGUGCGGUCCAGAGAAGAUGAGGCAAGAAGUGGCCACGAUUUGUUCAUCUGGUUUGGCUGAGAAUCUUCACUUUGAAUCCAUCAGCUUCAGCUGGUGAUUGCGCAUUUUAUAAUAUACAUAACUUCUGUUUGUGUGGUGUGCUUUGUGGACUUGUCUGUUUUUUUUGGCAAGGAAUAUUUUUGUGGAAAUGGCCUCUACUAUUCUGUACCAUUCUGUUCUUAACUUUUGUAUUUCCUGAUGUAACGGUUUGCUCCAAAUCGAGGCGUGGAGAAUUGUCUAUGUAAAUUCUGAAAUGUGUGAUUUUUUUUUUAAUAUAUUUUAUACUCUUGA